UCUCCAGAGGAGGGCAGUAAUGCGGUGGUUUGUUUGGUUUAUUUAGACCCACAAUCCUAGCGGUCAGACGCGGUUACUGUUUAUAUCCGUGUUGUUUUUUAGCUCUAGCAAACUGUGGCUAAUUUGAAGCUGAAUCUCAUUCAUAUUUUUGCGCUGAUAGGGGUUAGUGAUGUAUGUUGGUGAGAUACGUGUGUGACAUAACGCUGCUGAUCUGAUUUUCACCACGUCAGUUUUACGCACAGUGUCACUUCAAAUACAAGUAAGAGCCGCUGACCUCUGCAGAACAUGACAUCCAAGAAAGUGAUCGAGUUGUUCUACGAUGUGGUUUCUCCGUACUCCUGGCUUGGCUUUGAGGUCAUGUGCCGCUACAGACACGUGUGGAACAUAGAGCUCAAACUGCGUCCUGCAUUUCUGGGUGGUAUCAUGCAAGGGGCAGGAAACAAGCCCCCUGGUCUGGUCCCAAACAAAUUCCUGUACAUGACCAAGGAUCUGAAUCGCUUGUCAGGGUAUUUUGGGGUUCCCUUGCAGGCUCCAUCUGACCCCUUUGAGGCCAUGUUCCAAAAAGGCUCCUUGUCUGCGAUGCGAUUUGUGACAGCAGUACAAGAGAGGGAGAAGGGUGGAGACGAGCAGGUGGUGCGUGUGUCCCGGGAGCUGUGGAGAAGGAUCUGGAGUGAGGACAAAGACAUCACAGAACCUGCAUCGUUGUCUGAGGCAGCGAUGAAAGCAGGACUGUCUGACAGCGAGAUUAAAGAAGUGCUGCAGCUGUCCACCUCAAAGGAGAUCAAAGACAAGCUCAAAAGUGCAACACAGAAUGCACUGGAUUAUGGGGCAUUUGGCUUCCCCAUGGUAGUUUGUCAUGUAAAUGGAAAGCCAGAUAUGUUUUUUGGAUCUGACAGAUUUGAGCUCAUGGCUCACUGCAUUGGGGAGAAGUGGCUGGGACCUCAGCCUGACAAAUCAGCUGCCAAGCUGUGAGAUACAAAGCUGCCUUCAAACCCUGACACUGUGCUCACAGAUUAUAAUGAUGUCUUUGAGUUUAAUCUAAUUCUUCAAGUGUUAUAUUUUCUGUCCUCCCUGAAACCAAGCAUUAUUUUUGCAAUAGCCUUAAUAACAAAUAGUAGUGUAAAUAAUGUAAUAUCAUUGUACUGUUAAUUUUGUGCCUACUAAAAAGAACAUUGACAGCUUCCAGAUGAUAAUCUGUUUAAUUUGUCUAAUAAAAAAAGGUAAAUUUAGGAAAAGGAUGCAAUUGUGUUU